GGUUGUCGUCUGUCAAUAAGCCUCAAAGAAGAAGAACAACAGCUAGUCAGCAACAUCGGUAGCUUGCUAACCAACAACCGAAACGUUAAAGGUCUUUAGACUGUUUUGGUGUAUAUUAUUCACUGUGUUUUAAACACACUGCUGUCGUGUCUUUGUGUUACCCCAUUUAAUUUCAUGUUACGUUGUUUCAAGCAGACCCACAGGCUGGUUAAGUUAUCAGUAGCACUAAUUUAGGCUAGUCGCUAAUGUUAGCUAGCUAGCUAGCAUCUCCGACCAUGAGCUCACCCAGCUACUCUCUCCCUGCUAAGAAAGAGGUCUGCUGGACGAAGAAAGAGGGUAUGUGGCUAAAUAUUGUCGUGAAAGAAGAAAGUGAAGAGGAGAACGUCACAGUAAAAAACGAAAUAGAAGGUGAGGAUGUUAUAUUGAAAGAAGAAGAGAAAGACGUUUCAGUGAAAGAAGAGGAGGACGCAUUCAAAGGGAAAGAGGAUGGUGCCGUUUUUGGAGUGAAGGAGGAAGGGGAGAUUACUGUCACAUUGAAUGAGGAAGAUGAGACAGGAGAUCUGAUUAACACCAGAGUGAAACCAGACUCUCACUCUGACUACGGGAUGCAUCUUUCAGUGGAACCAGGCCCAAAGACGUCCAAACCAGCAAGACCACACCAUUGCUCCCAGUGUGGAAAGAGUUUUACUAAGUUACGAAACCUAAAAGAGCAUGAGAGGACACACACAGCAGAAAAGCCUUUCCAAUGUUUGCAGUGUACAAAGAGUUUCUGCUGGUUAGGGAAGCUAAAAGUACAUGAGAGAAUACACUCAGGAGAAAAGCCUUACCACUGCUCUCAGUGUGGAACAAGUUUUACCCAAUUAGGGACCCUAAAAACACAUGAGAAAAUACACUCUGGAGUGAAGCCUUAUAACUGCUCUCAGUGUGGAACUAGUUUUACCCGGUCAAGGGACCUGAAAGAGCACGAAAGAAUACACACAGGAGAGAAGCCUUACCACUGCUCACAAUGUGGAAAAACUUUUACCUGGUUAGGUAGCUUGAAAACGCAUGAGAGGACACACACAGGUGAGAAGCCUUACCACUGUUCCCACUGCGGAAAGAGCUUUCCCCUAUUAGGGAAUCUGAACAACCAUGAGAGAACGCACACGGGAGAGAAGCCUUACCACUGCUCCCAUUGUGGAAAGGGUUUUGGACAAUUGGGACAUCUAAAAGUGCAUGAAAGAACACACACAGGAGAGAUGCCUUACCAGUGCUCCCAUUGUGAAAAGGGGUUUGGACAAUUGGGGCAUCUAAAAGUGCAUGAAAGAACACACACAGGGGAGAAGCCUUACCAAUGCUCCCAUUGUGGAAAGGGUUUUACCCAAGUAGGGAGCCUGAAAACACAUGAAAGAACACACACAGGAGAGAAGCCCUACCAAUGCUCGCAUUGUGGAAAGGGUUUUACCCAGUUAGGGAGCCUGAAAUCACAUCAGAGGAUACAUACACGGGAGAAGAAGACCCAAGGAAGGGCAGCUGCUGCCUCCGCAGCAGCUAAUUUGAAUCCAUAAUAAAAAAUUAAAAAAUAUAAUACUCCCAGUGUGGAAAUAGUUUUGGACAAUUAGAGCCCCUGAAAUCACAUGAGCUACUAGAGGCUGUGUUCUGAGUUAUGUUUUUGACUGAGGAAGUGUUUUUGUUCAUGCCACAUGAAACUUAAUUGUCUGAAAUAUGUUUUUUUUUCCGUCACAAAUUUGAUUAAAAUGUUAAAAUGUGUAUUUUAUUUUGAUUGAAAACUUUGAUUGAUUGGAUACAAGUAUAAACCUUUAGAUAUUGCUUGAUAUAUGAUUUUGGUAUUUAAAAAUGUAAACUAUUCAAUAUAUUAAUAAAAUGUACAUUUCUUGACUAACCUUGAAACCUCUUGAAUUUAGUUUUAUUUAUUUUAGUUAAUUUGUGUACUCAUAAGAGCUUUGUUGUGUAUAGAAAAGUAAAUAUAUUGGAAAUGUAUAUAAAAUAGUUUGGUUGAUUUAUGAUUGUGGAGAAAGAUCUAGAAUUAUGUAGAAAUGCUUAUUAAUGUAUGGAAACCAAGCCAGGAGUUUUUGUAUGGAGAUCAAUCAGUUUUGAAUCUGGUUAACAAAAACAUUAAUGGAUUCUUUUUUUCCAUGUGCAUUUGAUAAAAUAUAAGUUUUGUAAUGCUAAAGUUGUUAGGAGUGUACGAAUGUAAGUAGGACGCGUGACAUCCCGGCAACUUU